AUGAAGUUGAAAAAGAAAUUCCUUUCUAUUAUUUCAUCUGGUGAUAAAGAAAAAGACAAAGAUAAAGAUAAAUCAAAGGACAAAGAUAAAGAAAAAGAAAAAGUAAAAGAUAAAGAUAAAUCAAAGAGUAAAGAAAGAGAUAUUAAUAAUAAGGAUGAUAAAUUAAAAAUUAAAGAUAAAGAAAAAGAUAAAGAAUCAAUCGAUACUACAAAUAAUAAAAAAGAUAAUAAAUUAGAUAGUAAUAGUAAAGACUCGAAAGAAAAUCAUAAUAAUAGUAAUAAUAAUGAAAGUGUAUCACAAAGUGGAAAUAGUCCUUUGAAUAACAAAAAAGAUUCAAAAGAAAAAGAAAGUGGAACUCUUAAGAAUAAACUAUUUAAAUUCAAGAAUUCUUCAAUAAAAGAAUUUGAAUUUAAAUUGGAGUAUAGGAGAUUUGAUGAUGGUGGAGCAUCUAUAUCACGAGGUAAUGAAUAUGAACUUACAACCAUUAGAAUAAGUAAGCAUGGAGUUACAUUAAUCGAUGAACAUGGUAGUGCUGAUUCAUAUACUUAUGCAGAAAUCACUCAAUUCAUGUUGGAUCCUAAUUGGAUGGAUUGGAAAAUCAUAUUAAAGAAUGGAAAUGAAUUAAUUUUCAGAUCUUAUGAAGUAUGUUAA